UGUGUUAGUAUGUCUGCGGCUUGUAACGCGGCAGAACAGGCGGAGUUAGAGGAAGGCGAAAUAGAAGACGAUGGUGAGUUACUCGACGAAUUUCCGGAAAUUGUCAUAACGUCUCCACUUCACCGUCAUGCUCAUAGUCGCAAACGCCACCAACCGAGCAGCGCCAAUAGCACUAGCACCAAAGAAAAUAGGAGCAGACAUUCUAAAGCGCGAAAAACGUCGUCAACACAACAAGAGUUGCUCAGCCAGACGCUGGAAAGUCACAACAACAAAGUCUUCGAUGAAAACGUGACAGCUGCUACAAGUACGGGCUACGACCCAUGUUCGCCAAACCUGACCAACGAGCUGCCGCAUAAAUUCACGGAGAGUAGAAAGGCCAACUCUUCUAAACUAUGGAACAGUAUUCACAGCAGGGUUCCCAAACAUGGUGCGAGAAAACGCCAGGCCAUUAAGGACGGCGUGGAAAACAGGCACGACGACUCGUAUUCAAAACUGCUGGCAGAGUAUAAGAACAUCCAGAAUCAGCUUGCGAAGCUUGAGGAACCAGUGUCAACCAGCCACGAGGAAUCAGUAUUAGCGAAUAAUGAAGAGGAGGAAGAAAACCACCAAGCAGUGGAGAUUCCACUGAUAGGACUAGCUGAAACUAACCUCACAUCAAGGGCAGCGAUAACGGCGGGUGAGGAUGGUGAGCUUGCUUCUAUGAAUGUGGGAAAAGGCGAAUCGGAUGUUGUUCUGGGGCAGGGUGACAAUGCGAGGGUGAAUUCGGCACGGACGCAGGACAACGACGAUGACGAGAUAUCAGAGCUGGAGUUACGCAGGAUAGCCCUCGCCUCUGCCGCUGAGAAAGCUGUAGCACAGCACGUGAGAAAAACUCAGAGCAAGUCGCCGCCGAGCCGUCACAAGAUGCGGCCGACGCCAGAGAGGGACAGGCAGAGGAGGAAGGAGCACUACCGCAGACUAGAGAGCCGCACCGAUCCGAGGAAGGCGUCGGCGAUGGGCGUCACACCCGUGCGUCGUCUCGCACGCAAGCAGCGCGAGCGGCUAAAGCGACAGAAGGCGCGCGAGGAGCUGUACCACCAGGAGGAGGCACGUCUGAGCACGCGGCGGGCGAGCGAGCACGAGCGACACGGGAAGCUUCAGCAGCGCACGUCGCACCUGCGCAUCCUCGCGCUCGAAGACAACAAUGAGCAGAUCAACCAGUUCCUGCAGCUGAUGAGGGCAUCUGGACGCAGCGGUUGCCCACCCAGCCCCCCGAAACACACCAGGUCUGGACACGUCGGUCUAGCUUCGCAAGCCGGCUCUACUGACAGGGAUAUCAAACCGACAGCUUCCAGAGACAACUAUGAGGAGGUUGCCAUGGAAAUCGAUGAAGACUCAAACAGAGACUCACCUGGUGAUCAGGGUCCCAUCAUGACUCCGUGGAUGGCCUGCGCCGACGCCUCGCUCAGCGCACAGUCCCUCCUACACCAGUUACAGGUGCUCGCGCGACAGCCGACCGCCGAGGGGGCGCCACCGAGCGACUACCGGCGCCUGACGCGGGACCCGGCAGCGAACGACGUCGACUUCCGCGACAUGCUGAUCGGACAUCAGCGCGACGACGCCACGGCGGGCGAGCUGCCUCCGCAGCCCGUCGCCGCGGUUACGGCGCCGGACGCUUGCCAGCUGACGGAGCUGAUCCGCGAUGCUUCGGCGUCCGCGCACCCCGAGAACACGCUCGCGCCGCCCCGCCCCGCGACGCCGGAUGCUGCGGCCGCGACGAUGACACAGACGAGGAGUGCGGAGGAGGGAAGCUGCGGGAGUGAAGCCAAGCCGGUGGUCAUCACGGACGGGGAGGAUGAGGAUGACGAGGCGAUGAGAGCCAUGCUGCUACAAUCGCUCGCCGUCAAGAAGCGAGGCAAGGAAGAGGUGGUGGAAGUUAAGCUCACGAGGUCACAGGAUCGGCCAGCGGGCAUGCUGAAACCUCAAAACCAAAAACAACAGAUGAAAAGGAAGUUGAAAGCGAAGAUGCAUAAGGUACCCAAGCACAUGCCGGUGGUCAUACAGCUAGGUGACAGCAGUUCGGACAGCGAGGAUGGAGACGCGGUGCGCACGUCGGUCCGCGUCAAUCACUCAGCGUUCCUCAGCAGCCUUGACGUCUUCCUGAAGCGAGCGCGGAAGAGCGUGAUGCACGCGGCUCCCCCCGCACGCAUAGAGGGCGCCGCCACCCCGCCGACGCCGCAGCAGCAGCAGCAGCAAGCGAGGGAGAAGUCGCGGGAUGCGGGCGCGUCGCCGCGGGACCUCGUGCAUCCGACGCCAGACGCCGUGUCGCAGCUUCCUCCCGAACGCAUCAAGGAGUACCGGAGGCUGCGCUGGCAGCUCAUCAAGAAGCAGAUGGACCGGCGGAAAGACGGUUCAGACGGGAAACCCUCCACCGCAGCAUCCACUCCGCAGCUGAAGCCCAAAGCCACGAAGUCCUCCUCCUCCUCCUCCGCGGCUGAAGUUGGCCUCGGCGAUGCUGCGCGAUCGUUGUCGGGGAAGCCCAGAGCCGUGGAGGAUGCCGACGAGGAGGAGAGGAAGAGCAGAGAGCGAGAGGCUGCAGGACGGAGGUUGCAGGAACACAGGGAUUCGAUGGUGCGUGAGCGGCAGGAGGCAGAGAGAAUGCGUCUGGAGCUGAUUAAGAAGAAGAGCAUCGUGCGCAUAGCCGAGCAGAAGGUGAAGAAGCUGACGCAGCAGCUAGACGUUGCUGAGAAGAUCGCGCGCCGCAACAAGCAGCUCAUCGUCCGCCUCAACACACAGGCACAGGAAGUGCAGAAGAGGCUGGAUAGAGGUGCUCAGGUAGAGAAUGAGCUCCUGCACACACAGUCACUAAACGGAGGCAGCGGAAGCAGCGGCGGGGGUGGUGGCGUGGUGAGAUUACUGCAGAAGUCGGGCGGCAGCCGAAAUAUAACAGAGAGAGGUCGGAAUGGAUCGCCACAGAUGAGAGUUGCAAAGCCAGCACUCAGCAACUCAUCGUCACCGCAUCUCGUGGAGAAGAGCGAUAGCAGGCCGCUGACUCCCGUUGCCGUGACGACGGCGGCACAACUGAGAACCUCCACGCCAACCAGCGGGUUAACGUGCCACCCUUCUGCCACUGUGCAACACACCACCACCACCACCAGCAGCAGCAGCAGCAGCAGCAGUUACGUAGGUAAGAGUUUGCCAGGGAGUCUCAGCGGCGGCAGCAGCAGUAGCGCCCCCACGGCCGAGAAGGUACGUCUGCUGCGGCUGCAGAAGGAAUACCUGCAGAAGAUCGCCCGUCUGCAGCAGGGCAUGGCCACCGCCGCGAGUCCCGUCGCCGCUGCGACGCCGUCUGGUCUCCCGUCUCCGACGAAGGUCGUGCAGAGGUCGAAGGUCGCACGGAGGAAGUCGCUGCUGGAGCUGAACGCUAGCACGAGGCCGUGUCUGUCUGAGAACGGGGAGAGCGCGGGGGAAGGCGGGAAGGAAGCCACAAAGAAAGCUGCGAAAGAAACUGGGAAGGAAGCUGCAAAAGAAACUGGGAAGGAACCCGAGAGGAAAGCUGGGAAGGAAGCUUGUGGUGCAACUGGGGAGGAAACCACCAGGAAAGCCGGGAAGGAAGGCAGAGAGGAGGCCAGGAGUUUCGAGGGAGGCUCUGGCGUGACAGAGGGCGCCACUGUGACGAUGCCUGUGGGAGAGGCGCUGGCUCGUGUCACCCAACUACUGAUGGAGUCUUACGAGAGGUCUCCGCUGGAGGGGGCACCGUCGGCUGCCGACUACAGCCUCCAGGGGGCGCUGGUGCCGGCGGCGGCGGAGAGCGUCGACCCUGGCGUGAGCGUCGAUGACGUGUGGUGUAGGAGGAAGCCCGUGGAGAGCGAGACGAUGGGGAGGCUGCAGCCGUACAGCAGCGCGCUGCUGCACUUCAAGUCCUACAGCGAUGUGGCCGUGAGGACAGACCGUGCGCUCGGGGUGCUCGCGCGGGGCCUGGAGACGAAUCGUCACAGCAGCGAACUCUGGAUGCACUACCUGCGCAUCUACAGCAAGCGCGCCGACUGCAGCGACAUCGCCGACCUGUACAAGCAGGCGACGAAGUAUGCGCCCACCUACGCCAUCUGGUGGAUGUGGUUGCAGCAGGAGAAGAACGCUAAGGAGAAGGAUGCGGUAUGCGUGAGCGCCAUCUCCUUCCUUCUCUCCGCGAGAGUUUCCUGCGACGCUGCCGACCCAACAACGGCAGGUGACGACCCAAGCAUGACCCCUGAACCUGCUGUGACCUCUGACCAGACACCAGGAGGCGCUGGCGGCAUGGAUGGCUCACUUUUACCGGCUGCAGGUAAGGAGAGCAUGGCGGAGGGGAAGGAAGGGGAUAACCCCGCGACUGCCGCAGCGAUGGAGGAGGAGAAUCGUGCGCGUCAGCGUUGCCGGCCGGCACCAGCAGAGGGCGUGCGGCUGAGCAUGGAGGAGCGGUCUCACUGUCUGCUGGAGCUGCUGCUGUACAGGGUGCAGCUUCACCUGCAGAUAGGAAAGUCACUGACGGCCAUCACCAUUCUACAGGGGGCUUUGCAGUCGAAGGUUAGGCAGUCCCUGCUGGUGAGGCACCUCGUGUUGACGGAUCGCGUGCUGCUGUGGCUCUCCUACAUCCACCUGCUAGAGAUGAAGUCACUACCCGAACAACUGUUCGAUCCCAGAAACAGCAACCCGGGCAAGAUCGUGUCAAAGAAGCCCUUCCUGUUGCCGUGGCAACCAGGGAUGUUGACAAGUUCCCCGCAGACACUGCUGGCUCUGUUCAAGGAAGCGUUUCGCAGCUGCAGCAUCAGGGAAGACAAGGCGGCCAGCUUCAGCAUGCAGCGCCCUCUAUACAGGAAUCUCAUUCAGAUGGAGAUGGCGAGAAACAGGACUAAGUCAGCGCGGAGCAUCUGUCAGCGCAUGCUGGAGGCGUGUCCGUGUGAGCCCGACAUGUGGCUCGUGCUGGCGGGACUCGCGGCGACCCCUGGUGACGCGCGCCGCGUGCACGACGACGCGAUCGCGCUGAACCCGCACGACGCGCGCAUCUACCACGCUGCCGCGAGGAACUGCAUCGCGCAGGGCAACAGGGAAGACGCAACAACCUACCUCCGGCGGUGCGUCUGCGUGUAUUUCUCGGCGGGAGAAGCAAGUGUGGAGGAAAUGUACCGCAAACUUCUCGGUCAGUCCGUCUCUCUGCACACUAGUCUUGUUCCACGCGAGUCGUCGGCAACGGACAGUAAAGAGACGAUCGCUUCCCAGCGGCUUUACCUGUGGCUUAAUUACAGCCUGCUACUCGACGUCGAGGGGAAGGAGAGAGAAGUGCGGGAAGCUUACGAGUCUGCCCUCUCCGCCGCCGCCUCCACCGACGCCGUGCAGGUCACGUGGAUGCACUACCUCUCCUACGUCCUCAAGCAAGCGACGGCUGCCGAAGCUCGACCUUUGACCCUCAAGUCUUUUGCUCGACUCUGCGAUCUGGUGCACAGAUGUCUAAUGUCGGUUCCCACCAGCUUCCCUCUUCCGUUCACUCCGUCCAGGUAUUGGACAAACUACGGCUUUCACAACCAAGUCGUCGACUUGUUCAUUCGUGGUCUUCCCGAACACCAGGUGGCAGCAGCGUACAGCAAGUUCAUGGAGAUGAUGCCAAACAAUGCAACGCUAGCCGUCAGUGCCAUCUACAUUGCUCAUAAGGAGGGAAACUGGCCCGAGAUGCACAAGCGUCUGUGGAGUGGACUUCAUGCGCUGCCCUACGCUGCGACUCUCUGGAAAGACAACAGACGCCUGCCUGUAAAGGACGCGCAGUUUCCUUUGGUGACACAGUUUCUCAGCUACCUCUCCUACGUCCUCAAGCAAGCGACGGCUGCCGAAGCUCGACCUUUGACCCUCAAGUCUUUUGCUCGACUCUGCGAUCUGGUGCACAGAUGUCUAAUGUCGGUUCCCACCAGCUUCCCUCUUCCGUUCACUCCGUCCAGGUAUUGGACAAACUACGGCUUUCACAACCAAGUCGUCGACUUGUUCAUUCGUGGUCUUCCCGAACACCAGGUGGCAGCAGCGUACAGCAAGUUCAUGGAGAUGAUGCCAAACAAUGCAACGCUAGCCGUCAGGUCUGUACAGCGAGCGAUGGAGGAGAGAGCGAGAACUGCCACCCACCUGUGCAGUGCUGCGCUCGGCUCUAACCCAGCCUGUCUGAAGCUAGUGAAAGUUGCCAUCUACAUUGCUCAUAAGGAGGGAAACUGGCACGAGAUGCACAAGCGUCUGUGGAGUGGACUUCAUGCGCUGCCCUACGCUGCGACUCUCUGGAAAGACCUGCUGCUGCUGGAGGCGGCACGGGGCGGCGGCGCGGGCGGGGCCGCGGGGGCGCUGAGACGCUGCGAGGCACGUGGGGUCGACGUCUCAACCUUCUGCAGGUCUGUCGGCAUCGAACGGACUGCCAGGUUUAGGACUGCCACUGUUGCAUUGCAUGAUCUGGUUGGUUUGAGUUUCUUUGGGUUGGAUUGGGUUCGCAUGGCGUUGCGUGUCACAGUUGCGUUCAGAGUGUUUUGGGUUGGAACCAGAGAGAAGGCUGAUGCUGUGCUUUUCAGGCGGUAG